AUGGCACGGGUGCGGCAUCGUCAGCGCCGUGGGAUGCUAAAGAUGUAUUAUGGAGUCGGUGAAGAGGCUGGUAAAUCAACUGCCAUUGAUUACUGUGACAUCAAUGGAGCCCACUUCAAGCCGGAGGAAUAUUUAGAAAAGCUUUUUAAAGAAAAAUCAUUGACUGAUUUGUUGGACAAAGAGGCUGAUAUUGCCAAACGUAAGUCAGCACAUCCAUUUUGUUAUUUGCAUGUAUACCUGGUGCUGUGUUGUUAUACAUUUGGAUGACUUUGACCUGCAAAGAUCAGCUGAUAACACUGCAUGUGUGAUGUGAUGAACCUUUAAACCCUACAAAAAUCCCUCAGGACUAUCUUGUGGGUCACAUACAACUGUACAUGUAGUGCAGACGUGGAAGACCACUUGCUGGACUAGCUCGAGUUGAACUUUAACUAAAUGAUAGUUAGCUACAUUUAAAAAGGAAAGUCAAAAUUUGAUGUAGGGGCCUUGGCUUUUCUUUCCCUUCCCAACGGCCUUGUCUCUUUGCAUGGGUUGCCAGUGCACCAGGCGAGAAGUGAUCUCUUUGGAAUGUCUCUUACAAUCCCCUGCCAGGUUAAAUCAGCAACAUGCAGCUUUUAUGGGAGAUAAUAGUCAUUGCACUCAUACACACACUUUCUUAUGGUCAGUUUCAUUAAAAAUGACUAUAUUUUUUAACUUUUUUUUGCAGAAAUCAGAUCUUUAGACAGUGAAAUGCAGACUCUGGUCUAUGAAAACUAUAACAAGUUUAUCAGUGCUACAGAUACUAUCCGGAAGGUGAACAAUGCAUUAAUAAUACAGUCGAAUCUCACUUAAUGGACACCCCUAUUAGAUGGACACCUCUAUAAAACGGACACCUAAUGUUGGUCCCUGCCUUUCUUUACUCCCUUUACUUGACUCCCUGUAAGACUUUCCUCUCUCUGAGGUGGAAACUUAGGGCCGGUCCUAAAGGAGUCCAUUGUAGAGAGAGUGAACUGUAUACUUGACUACAGCAAGUAAGAGGCUGCAAGUACAUAUUGAAUACCUGCCAAAUACAUGUAACACACAUUAGGGACCUUACAAUCCAACAAUGGUGACGUCCAUGAAAACAUCGUUGAAAAAUAGACUUCGUAUCCUUUAACUUUUUCGCAAUUAUACCAAGUCGCCCAGAUGAAUGAGACAAGCAGUUGAAUCCCUCCUUGAGGAUACCCUGUCCUCUAUUAUAUACAGUUCUUCAAGUUCCAAAGAUGCCAAAGUUCCUGUCUCCAUUAUACAAACACCUCUAAAUUUGGAAACCCAGCUCUGUCCUUGUGGGGGUGUUCUAAAGAUUUUUCACUGUACAUUAAAUUUAUGCAACAAUAGAAAAACAAGGGAAAGUCACUGUUCAAGAUCAUAGUUAAUGCUUUACGAAAGAAUCUCUUGUCUCCGGUUAUAAUUAUACAAUUAGUAGGCUUAGUAUUGAAUCCCUAGGAAGUCUUUUUUUAGGUCUCCUUUCCUUUUAUUGCUCAUGAAGUUAUCCAAGGAUCAUGCUCAUAGUAGGUGGGGAAAAGUUUGCCCUUAGUGACAGCCCUGCAAAGGGGGCCUAUUUAUUAUAAAUGAUUGUAAUAUUGUAGGUAGACUCCAUUCUCAGGUUAAACCAGUAUUAGGUUACUAGGGUUAGCUUUUUGCUAGGGUUGUGAUGCUGUUAACAUAGGUUGAAUGUUAGUUUAUCCUAGUCUAAGAUUGAAUUUUACCUACAGUGGCUAAAGUACAUCAAGGGAAUUUGUUGGUCUACAGAUGGAAAAUUUAUUAAUUCAGUCAACUAUCUCUAAGGGGACACCUUUGAGACUUGCACUUAGUGCUUGUCUAAAAGUGAUGUCAAGUAAAGGAAGUAAAAAAAGCAGUAACCAGAAACCGCAAGGACGACAUGGCACACAGCAUGACUAGGAUAACUGGAAUUACUGGCAUAACUGGGAUGACUGGGGUUACUGGUGUGACUCGGGUGACUUGGAUGACUGAGAUGAAUAGGUGUCCGUCUUAUAGGGUGUCUUUUAAGAGUGUCAACUGUACACAAUCUCAUGUCAUGAUUCAGAGAGUAAAGUGCUCAGUUUUCAGUGUGGUGCAUGUGUAUAUUUUAUCCAAAAGAUGAAGCAUGAUUUCAAGAAAAUGGAGGAGGAGAUGGAUAAGCUACGUGAAAACAUGUCAACCAUCACCGAGUUCAGUGAGAAAAUAACAGGCACACUACAAGGAAAGAGACAGCAGAUAACCAAAUUGUCAGGUGUUCAUGCAUUACUGAAAAAGGUAUUUUGUAGCAGGUGUUACUGAACAGAGUAACACAGUAAUGAGUAGCAAGUAACAGAGUAAUGGGAAAACAAUAACCGGCAUGACGAGGAUAACCAGGGUGACCAGGAUGACUAUAUAACAUUCACUGGGAUGAACGGGAUGACUGAGAUUGACUAGGAUAACUGGGAUGACUAGGAUAGCUGCGGUGACUGGGAUGACUAGGGUCAGUAGGGUGACUGGGAUGACUACAAUGACUAGGUUGACUACAAUAGGUUGACUGGGAUGACUUGGGUGACUGGUAUGACUUGAGCGACUUGGAUGACUGAGGUGACCGGGAUGACUAGGAUAGCUUGAAUGACUAGGGUGACUGGGAUGGCUACAAUAACUAUGAUGACUCGGUUGACAGGGGUGACUGGGGUGACUGGCUUCACUAAGAUGACUUGGAUGACUGCAACCCUGGUCAAAACUCUGGAGACACUAAUGGUGCAGUGUUAACACUAUGCAUUCAAGUCUGUUUUCAACACAAUCUUUCCUCAAGUGUUCCAAGAUAUUUUGACCAGGGUUGUAGUUCUCUUAGUCACCCAAGUCAGCCUAGUCACCCAAGUCACCUUGAGUUGGGUGACUAGGCUGGCUUGGGUUACUAGGAUAACUAUAGGGUGACUUGGGUGACUAGGGUGACGUGGUUUACUUAAAAUAACUAUGGUGACCAGGGUGACUUUGUGUAAAAAGAUUCUUUCUCGCUGUCCUCUCUCAACAGCUUCAAUUCCUUUUUGAGCUUCCAUCAAGAUUGCAUAAGUGUGUUGAAAUGAAACAAUAUGGAUUGGCAGUCAGGUAGCCAGUUACAUUGUUGUAUUUUAACAAAUUGUGUAAGAUUUGUUAUGUUUCAAAUUUUUUAAGGAUACGUGUAGAUCACUAAAAUAUUUUUGUUGAUAUUAAAUUGCAUAGGUUACAUGUAUAUUUUAACAUCUUCCUUAAACAUGACAUCGUUUUAGAUCAGCAUUGACAUGAAAAAAGUGGAAUUUUUUAAAGAAUGAGUGAGGCGCGCUGAUAUUGUUAUGCAUACUUUCUCCUUAAGAAAAUUAAUUUUGUAAUGUUACUGUUUUAUUUACAGGUAUUAUACAAAAGCAAGGGACGUCCUACAUCAUUACAGCCAUAUGCCAUCAUUUCAUGGCAUUCAUCAAGAUUGUGAUGAGACUGUCAAACAACUGAUAGUUCAACUACGGGAACAGCUUAGAAAUCCAAAGGUUAUUUUAACCAGCUUAUUGAUUCUUCCUUUACUAUUAUUUGCAUUGCACACAUUGAGCCUCAUUCUUUUUUAUUCUGAUAGGUUUACGUCAACAAGUGUAUUCUUUACGCUGCAUGACUGUGACUUUAAUCAGACUCCUUAUGGUAUUGACUUCUUUGACAUCCGUUUUUUCUUUCAAUACAGUCCACCCCCAAACAAUUGGCAGAGUGCGUUGAUCUACUGCUUCAGCUGAAGGAGCCUGCAGAUGAGUUGUGUGAUGAAUUCCUUGCACAGUAAGAUUGAUAAUCUUUUUAAUUCCUUGCUCUUUGCCUCUAAGAGACAUUUUACAAAAGAGACAUCUGAAAUUUGACCCCAAAAAUUCCAUACUGAUGAGGUAGAUAUGUCUGGAAUCUGAUCAACAAGGGCUCACUGGUCGGCGUAGUAAUUCCAUUGGUUUUGCUGUUGUUCAGAAUGACAGACAAAAUACAAAAAAUUACAGCGUUCAGAUGUAAAUGCCACGAACCUGCCUACUAUAAAAACAGUCAUUAUUUGUGGAAUAAAAUCUUCUUUACCAGAAGCAUUUGAAUUGGUGGUUUUGAACCAUAAUUCAGACAACCCUUUUUGAUCAGCUCUUAGAUUUUGCUUGCCUAGGUCCAUUGCAUCCUUAGCUUAUAAUUUAGCUAGAAGAUGGUUUCCUGGGUCCUUAAAGAGUUACUAGUCUUGUCCAGCAGGAAAAACUAUUUGUCCCAGGGAUCUGGAAGACACUUUUUUGAGCCUAGCAUUGGGAUCUUUCAGUUGUCUUUAUUGUUGUACUUGUAGUGCUCAAGAGAGAUUGGAUGAAAGUUUAAAGAUUCUCAAAGCACAGGUGGACUUGAAGCUGUCCGAAGACGUAUCCGUUAGUGAAGAAGGCAAGUAAUUUAAAAGCGUGACCUAGACUUUCCAUGGAUUAGUUGUUUGUUGAAGAAAUCUGUUCUUUUGUACAAUAUUGAAGACAAACUUUGUUCUGGACGUUUGGACAAGUGAUCUUAAGACAAAAAAAAUCAUAUUAUAUUUUUAAGACCUGUGUUGUUUCUAGAUACAGCCCGGUAAAAAGCAGUUAGACUGUUAGCUAACUGGACGAAAUGAUACCAUUGAGAGGAAAACAAUGCUUGGCAAAUAAAUGUACAGAGUAACGUGGCCUUCAUAGUGUGAAGCAUUAACAGACUUUCUCUUUAACAGGGAAAGACGAUAAGAAGGCAGAUGAGGAGAACAAAGUACAAAGACCAAUGGUAAGAGGACAGAGUGCACAUUGAGCCUACAGCUGUUAUGAAUUUGGUGGUUAUUUAUACAUAGUUAUUAGAGGAGAGUGGUUAUGAAAAGAGGCAAACAUCAAUGAUAAAAACAACAGUGCAGCAGUUUAUGUUGGAAGCACCCUGAAAGUGCACAACCCUUUGUUUUCUAUUGGUAAAUUGUCACGGAAUAAAUUAAUGCAACAUUUUUAUUGGUCAAUACAAUCAAAAUGAAAGGAAUGCUUUUGAACGUUGUGCACUUUCAGGCCCACAAAAACAUAAAGCAAAGGAGUCUGACGGGUUUCAUAACCGUUCCACUCAAUUAAUUAUUAAUAAACUGUUGAUGAAUUAUUUGUGAAUGGUAGUCAAUUGUAUUUCAGGACUUGUUAGAAUUCAUUGAUUGUGGCUGUAAUGGCUUCCUCAGCACAAUCUGCUUAGUGAUUGCCUCAUACAAGGAGCAGUUUAUUCAGAGACAGAUGGCAGGGUAAGAAUCAUAAAUAUUUAUAAUUUUUUCAAAGAGUUUUUCACCCUUUAUGUUGUUUAGUAGCUAUACUAAGAUUAGUGCACAGAAUGUAACUCAGUCUGACUCUCUGUUUAGUUCCUAUUAUUUUUUAACGUAUCACUCCAUGAAUUUCAUUUUACUUAUUUCUUUGUGACUGGCCAGCCCAGUCUUCACAAGCCUUCUGGUUUCUUCUGUGCUCCCCUGCCAACUUGCAAUUCGUAUAGGUAUCCCUUUAUUGUAUUAUAUUUGGGCUAAAUAAAAUUGAACUGAACUGAACUGAACCUAAAAUGCAGAACUGAAUGAAUGUAUUUAUCAAGCCUGUGCUGUCUGAGAUUUCAGUAAAUUCUUUCCUAGCACUUAAAUUUUGAAUAUUUUUCUACCCAUUUCAAGACUAUCAUCAUCAUCGUUAUCAUCAUCAUCAUCAUCAUCAUCAUCACCAUCAAGUCGUGUCAUCGUGCCAGUAACAUACGGCCAUUCAGUGCUGAUUAUACCCCUUAUUAUGUUUUACUGGUGAAAGGGCAGUAACUUCGACACGUACCAUGUACUUCAAAAGUAAGCACAGUAGAAUUAUACUGAAGCCUUACACAUUAUGGUGAGCUCAUUUAACAAAGUGGCAGAGGAAAAAGUUUACAUUGCUUGUGACAAGUUUAAACCUAUGUUCAUCCCUUUUCCAUUACGUAGGCAUGGUCAAGACCAGCAAGAACUGGAAAAGAUAGUCACUGAGAAGUUGACAAAUUUUAUUUUGUCUUUGAUGAGGGAGUACUUUAAACUUACGGAAUCAAGAAUUGAACAGGAGGUAUGUGGUUUAUUAGGGUUUACACAUUCGCUAUUGAGGCAACUGAAAUUGUAAUCUGUGCAUGAUUCAAGCUUAAUGUUCUGUGGUCACCUUAUGGCCUUAUACGCCUACUGGCGUUACGAGACUUAAUGAUUAUCGUCUCCCAGUGGCACAUACGUUUGAAACGUUUUCUUUUGUUUUAGUUUAAUUACAUGUUUAGCUUUUCCCUCUAAUUUUUGUUUACCUUAAUAAAGUGUACACAAUCAAGCCACAGGAAUGGUAAACUAGAAUCAAUAAAUACAUUUUGUUUGGGGUGAAUGGAUCUAACGUUCGCAGAAGGAGUGAUUAAAAUUUGACGUUAAAUAACAUUGUGCGAGUAAUGAACUCGUCCUACCAUGAAAAAAUAUACUAUACACGUGUGAAGAUUUUUUCUAAAAGCAACUGAUCACCUUUUACACCUGAGACCCGUGUUUCAUGCCCGGGGCAUUGUCCAUUUCUGACACGUCUUCCCUGUUUUUCGCCGAUAAUUUUGCUGUGCCUCAUAAGACUCCACAACAAGUCUAUUAAACAAAGCAAAUAACACCUCAAAAUUGGAAAAAUGUUCUUACUCAAAAAAGUAAAAUAAUUGAAUGAAAAAAACGUUACGAACUCAGAACUGCCCUGAACAUUUCCAGAUUGUAAGGUGAUUGUACUAAGUAAAUCUUUUUCUCUUAGUCUGAUACAGGUGAUAAUAUUCUGUUAGUACGAGCACUGGAUCGUUUUCACCGCAGGCUUCAAGCUGUGCAGAAACUCCUCCCUGAGAUCGGUGUCGGACGGUACGUUGUCUCAGGCUGCGUUCACACGGCCCGGGCGAAUUUUCAACUGGUUUAGGUGUUUCAUUCACACGGAACCACCCUAACCGUCCCAAAAUUUAGGGGUCCAGCCGUUCAAGUUCGGUGUGAACAGGGCGAAAGUAUUGAACGGACCCUUGUGAACGAAGCGUCCGGUCCAAUUUUUCAGCCGAUCGAAAAGUGGUCCGGCGCUCACCGUGUGAGUGAGCCUCAACAGCAGUAAUGUGCGCAUAAAAUUGACCUUUUUCGGGGGAAGGAAUUUUACGCUGUGUGACGGUUCAAGGAUUUAUUUCUGUGAUGAAGGGAACAAAUUGCUUCAUCAAAACGAGUCAACAAGUCAUCCAAUGAAUGCUUUUCUCAUUUCUGUGAACCAAUCAAAAUACACCGUGACAUUUUGGGUCUUUACGUAACGUAAAACUUGACAGGCCUGUUAUACGACCGUUGGCCACCUAAACAUAAAAGAACGUGAGAAUUUAUGAGAUUCCGCCACAUCAGUACUUUAUUAUCAAUGAGCUUAUGACGCCAUCGAUGGUAACGUAUCUUUUCCCGCGUAAAAGCUUUAUUUGAAGCACCCUAUAGUACUAUGAAUGAGCCAAUGUGGUGGCUCAGGUCACCACAAGAAACACAUGGCAAAUUUAAUUUUGAAAAAUGUGUGGAAACGAAAGCAGAAUUGAGCUUUGCAUUGAAUGGUCACACAGCAUUCUUGUUUUGAUUUUCCUCCCCUUGUUCCCUGCUAGACUAUCAAACACUUCAAUAAUGUCUGUUUCCAAGGCAACAAAUGAUGAACCCAUAGACUCCAUGCACCGUUGAGCUGGUUUCAGUUCCAGAUUGUCAUGUCUGUAUGUUGGUAGGAAACUGAAAAAAACAGGAUUUGUUUCUUCGGAACAAACUUCAGGCAAAUGCAUAUUCAACUUUGUGGCCUUAUAUUCAUUUAGACCCCGUCCACACGUAUCAAGAUAUUUUUGAAUCCGCAAAUUUUUCUUUGCGGAUUCAAAAAUUUCCACGUCCACACGUACCCGGAUUCACUCUCAGUUCGUCAGCCAAUUUGUAAAGCGAUCUUCGGCUCAUGCGAAACUUUUAUCGCCAAUCUUCUUCACUAACUGUUUCACUGACAAAAUUGUCCCACUAAGCACUAGUCAGUAGCUCCUUUAACUUGUUUACGGCGUCCAAUUCGUCCGUUCGACAUUGAUAAAAGCUUUAAAAUGUCGAGCCACCGUUUGGCAUAAUUGAGGUGCACAGUAGUCAUAGCUAGGUUUAACUGCACACACGUUAUAAAACUUGAAACUGAAGUCCAAGCCGUAAAAAAGCGAUAACAUUGCGCUCGGCACCGUCUUCAAUAUUCGCGGUAAAGAACUGGGCUGAAUCUUGUGACGUCACUGGAUAAAAAAAAAAUAGGGAUUUAGCGUCCACACGAUUCCGGAUUCAUACGUAUUCAAAAAUUUCCGCUCUGGAUAGCGGAUUCAAAAAGUUGCGGAUUCACAUGCUGGAUUCCUUGGAUACGUGUGGACGGAAGCCGAAUCCGUAAAGAAAUAGUUGCCGUUUCAAAAAUGCCCUGUUACGUGUUGACGGGUCCUUAUUUAUUUUUGUUUAGUUUGGGAGCAAAUAUUGUUGCCCGCUCAGCCCAUAACAGAGUGAAAGCUUACGCUCAAAAUCUUAGACAACACUUUCAGGGUAAGUUAUAGACAUUUUAAUGCAUGUUUUGUAAACACCAAAGCAUUUAUAUAAAUAAAUAAAUAAAUAGAUAAAUAAGUAACUAAAUAACGAUUUAGAGGUCGCACAUCCACAUGAUGGUUCUUCGUCUACCAUUUGGCUGGUCAAAUGGUUUUGGAAAUUGGAAGCCUAAAAUGCUUUCAAAACGAUCCGACCAUGUUGGAAAGCGAUUCCUUAGGUUUGUGAGCAGCGCCUAUCAUUCUUUUUCAUGCUUGCGUAAAAAAACAAACCCCUUUGUAAAUGCUAUGAUUAUGAUUGUGAUAAUGAAUUAUCGAUCAAUCGCCAUUUUUUUCUUACAAAUAUUGAUUAACAAAACACAUUUAAGAUGUUCGGUUACAGUUUCGUGUCGGAUUAAUUUCUCUGUGAAUAUCGUUUGCAAUAGCAAAGUUAUAAAUUCCAGAAAAGAAACUAAAAUCUCUUUACUUUGAUUAAAUUUGUUUCUAUCCUUGAGCCUUCAAAACGCAACCCCUACCUUUUACUCCUACUUUUUAGCUUAGUAGAUGUUUGUGUGUAUAGUUUGUUUAACAGAUAUCAGACAGUCCCUAGCUGCUCCUUCGCCGCCUUCUGGAAGCGAGAAGCCUCCUUCCCUUUCUGAGUUGUUGUCUACCAUGAACAAUUCUCUCACCAACCGACUGAAGAUGACCCUCAACAACCUCAAGGUUUGUGCAGUUAGUCAGACACUUCAGCUUGUUUGAACUAUGAUUUCUUUGCUACAACCAGAACGUUAAUUUGCCCAAAUUUUGGUAUUUCGUACACAGCGAAAAGUGAAGUUCGGCACUUCUUUGACGAAAUCCAAAGCCCGCUUAUUUAAGUAAAAGAAAUUGCGACAGUGCGACAGAAAUGUCGUUCCCACAUAUAAAGUUACCUAAGAAAAAGAGCACUUGUUGUUUUGUUUUGUCAGACGUUCAUCGCAAAUGACGUCACAUUUGCUGUCAAACCCUACUUUCGAGGUCCGUUCUGUUCUGAUGACGUCAGAGAAGGACUGGCAGUGGAGUUUGUUCGUCACGUGAUACAGUCAGCUAAGGUCAGUACCAUACUACUGACAAAGAGGUGAUGUCUCCAAAAUCAGUCAAUUGCCGUGUUGUUUCCCGAACAUCUUUUUCUUGUUUGAUUAUGUUCCUUAUCAUGUAGCUUUAACAUAGCAUUUUCUGCGAUCCAUGUAUAUUCUCAGGAGUUUUGCGAUGUGGGGACCGCUCCACCUGCCCUUAUUCUGCUGCUGUCAAGGCUGUGUCUUGAUUUUCAAGAAUCCACCAUCUCUUAUGUGGUAUGUGCUUUUCUUGUAAGCUGUGUUUUUAAGUGUCGCUCAUGGCCGGGUACACUGUGCGUUGCCUAGCCAAGGCCCCAUCUCUUCAUGUAGGUAAUCCGCUAGGAAUGACAACAGCCAACUUCUUCAACCGAAUGUUUUCCUGUCUUUGCCUUUUUUUAAAAUUUAUCCCAAGUACAGUCGUAACUUGUUUACUACGAACAGUUCUGUUGGUCGCUAAUUUCACACAAUCCCUCCCUAUAUAAAAAGGACAAAAAGGCUUGCAUAGCUGUACAGUUAUUUAAACCCCUCCUUUAUGGCCACCUUUUGUUGUUGCAACGGUCAGGGAAUUCACCGCGAAAUGUGGCCGCUUAUAGGAAUUUCUACUGUAAGGUGAAAAAGACUUAAAGUACGAAGGUUUGUUUCCGUAGUCAUCAAGAAGACACGCAUCAAACUAGAGUUGUUGAGAACUUUUUGUCAAUGAUGUUCUUUGUUUCAGUUUGUUGGUUUUUUUAUGUUGCCCAAAAUAAGAUUUGUAAUAUCUUUCUUAGUUUUCUUUCAAUUUGUUGCUUAGUUAGAGUAAAGUGAACAAUUGAUAAAACUUCAGUAUUUUUCAUGUCAGCUGAGUCUCACUGAUGAACAAUUUCCAGUCGAUGAGGAGCUAGGGAGAGGAAGUCUAACGACUUCUGCGUCUGAUCUUGCUACUGAGGCUCGUCACACUGCGCAGGUCAGUUAUCAAAUCCUCUCAGGCCCCUUAAUCUAGGCCCCUUAAUUAUGCGCCUUACUUCUUAGGUUAUUUUGGGAUAGAUGGUCCGUCCAACCACACUUUGUUUAUAACCAGGUACUUUUUUACAAUUCACGAUGACAUUUGAGAAGGUAAUGUUGGUCUGUAAAACUUUGGGAUGAAAGUUUGGAGUUACCGGACCAACCCGAAUCUUAUCAAUGGAUAGAGCGCCGGCCCGGUGUUUGGCAUGGGAUCCAAUCCCAUCGGGGACUCCAAAUUCAUUUUUGCGCCUCACCUUGGAACAAAUUGCGAUUCCUGCUACACAAAAUGAGCCCUUCUUCCGAGCGACCAGUCAUUAGGUGAUUUGUUUUAUGUCUUGAUUCCACUGAAAAAUACUUUCAGUACGAGUACAAAAUUUAUAAAAGUCAAUGUCAGCGAGUGGUCAACAUUUGCGGUAACAGUGCAGUGUUACCCUUUGACGUCAUUGAUUUUGCGAUAUCGCCCGCUCAGAGAUUUUUGGCGGGAAACAGUUGAAUAAGUAGAUGUCAUGUGGUUUCGAGGUAAACCAACGCUGUUUUUUUUCCUUUACAGAGCUUGUUAAACCAUUAUGUAAGGAUGCAAGGACUGACAAUAUCACAGGUAUGCCUCCCUCACGACUAAUCUGACCAAUCAUGAAACUACCAUAUCAUUAGACUUGUUGAACGAUGUCUUUCUGUUCAUUCGAAUUUUCAGUCAUCAGUAGCACGGUACUCAACCGAAAAAUUCUAAUACCAAACCAAUAGACCUUUUUAGCUCGUAAGUUUUGUUUUCCCAUUCCAGACCACGUGAUGGUGCCCCAGGGAACUGUUUCUUUCAAAUGUCGUCUGAUGCACGCGCAUCCACGUGUAUAUGCAUAGUUAAUAGGGACUUUAAGAUCCAACGUCGCGACGGCGACAAGAACGUCGCUUAAAGAGUGAAUUUACGUUCUUUCAGUCUUUUUACCGAUUAUUCCUACCCACUUACUUUGUCAAUUGUAGGCGAACCCUCCUGAAGCUGAAUUUCAAGGGACCAAAUUCAAGCUCAGAAAGAGAAUAAGAUUUCGUCGUUGCUUGUUUACGUCCUCCAUAAAACGCGAAAUUAGGCAUUUUCACGUCGUAGUCGUGCAAAAACGGGACAGAAAUGUACAAAAAAGUGUGAUGCACGUGCGAAGUUGUUGUGCUAAUUAAACCAAUUGUUUUUUUGACGUUCUCGUUGUCGUCCGCGUCGUUGGAUCUUAAAGUCUCUAAUGAAAAGACAUGGAGAGCGUCACAUGGUCUGAAUAGGGAAAACAAAACAUACGAGCCAAAAAGGUCUAUUCUUGAGGACAGGAGCCUAAAAUGGCCUAAACUUGCGUGAGAGUCAAAGCACAAGUAGUUUCUGACUCUCUCGAAGAAUAUUCACUCAAAAUGUUUUUCAUGUUCACCCCUAAACUAUAUACUUGAAGUGAUCGACACUUUGUGCAAUAUCACUGCUUGUGUUCGUAUCGAAAAGACUUGUAUCGAAACGACCGAACUCCAUAAAAUUUACAAGAAGAGUGAAAAAUGGUAUCCGUUGUAGUGACGGUUUGCUAUAUUACUUGUACGCUGCAGAUGAUUCGUAAGAGUGUAGAGACACGUGACUGGAUGAACACGAUUGAACCUCGGAAUGUACGUGCUGUCAUGAAACGUAUCGUGGAAGAUGUGACAGCCAUUGAUUCACAAGUUGGUCAACUCUACGAGGAAGGAGUGCGCAAAGCUCAUAGUUCAGGUGUGGAUCGCACAGUUUUGUUUCCUCGUACUUUUUUAUGCUUUGACCAAUUCUCAAUAACCUGGAUUGUGUUUUGUCGAAGUCUUAAAACCUCUUCUCACAGAAAGAGCUGUGUUUGUGCAGAGUUUUUACGAUGACAAAGUCGAUUCAGUUUUCUUGUCGAUUUUGAAGCCUACCCUUAAGCACAAAAUGGUGUUGUGCUCACACCUUAGUUACCCGUAAUGCAACUGUUCACAUAAUAGCACCAUUUUAACUUGUCAGACGCCAUUUUGAAACGUGCUGUGAAUUGCCUCGGAAAUAACCGAAUACGUGUGCGCUCAGGGAUCCGGUGUCCACUUUAAUCCCCGAGUACAAGGUCACGUAGCGCCACCGUUCCCGAAAUUUGGUGUGGAUACUUCGAAAAAGGCUGUGUUUACAUUUGUGCUCAGUGAGUACCGUACUUGGUCACUGUGCCUGAUGAAUAAACUUCUUAAUUAAGACUAUAGUGCCACGCGAACGAAGCAGAAUUCUAGAAGUAGGUUGUGACAGAUCUCGCUCUUUAAACCCCGAGAAUGAUUUCAUCUGUGUGUUUGUGUUUGUGUUUUAGAUUCCAGUAAAUUCACGUACACAUACCCGUCCAAGCCCAGCAGGUCUCAGUGGAGUUACACCGCCAGGUACCGAGUCUUGUUGUUGUUGAUGAUGUGUUAUUGUGGUUGUUAUCGUUUUUUACCGCUACAAACUGGUACAAAUAGCUUUACUGUUUUUUUUCUCCGUUGCUUCGCCUUUCUAUGCAGCAAGUUCAUAUUUUUAAACAAUUCUCUCUUUGUUCUUUUAGUACGGCUUUCGAUUCCAGCCUUCUUAGUAACAUACAGAAGUUAUUCUCCGAAAGAAUUGAGAUCUUCAGCUCCGUGGAAUUCUCUAAAGUAUCUGUCUUAACCGGCAUAGUCAAAAUAGGAUUGAAGGUAGAGUGAAGGAAGCUUGGAUUGCGAAGGGAAAAUUGAGUCUUUAACCAAAUUCUUGCGCCUUUCAAGAACAAUCAAAUGUCAUACCACUCAAUUUUCUCUAUCUGCUGGGGAAAGAGUGACUUAACCGACAUACAUUCAAAAGUCGUAGUCUUCAAGCUCAAAGUCGUUAAUGCUAGACGGAGUGGAGUGAACUAGCCUGGGACCAGGCUCCUUAGUGGGGAAAAAAGGCGAACAAUGGGCGCAGAAAAAAAAAAUCAGCGAACGAGGGACCAGCGAGAGGAAAAGGUCCUCCUCAAUCCCCCGCUAGGUUCUCUCUGGGACCUGGGGCCCGUUUCUCGAAUGCCCCGGUAGCUUUACGGGCCCGCAACAAAAUAUUCAGAUCAAAAUCUAAAAAAAGCAUGGUUCCUAGCUAAGAGACCAGUACAGUUUUUUCUUAAUUCCUGAUAGUUCUAUCAUAUUAUCUGUAAACUAUUGAAACCUCGAUCUUUAACGUAAACGACAACAGCUUUUCGGGGCCGUUAAUUUUCAGAACUUUCGAGAUAAAGGUCCCUGGUUCGAGGCUAGGAGUGAACUAACAUCUCAUUCAGGACGAAUGGGCGAUACUCAUAAUGCUCCUUUAUCAGGCGCACGAAUUAGCCUUAACAUUAUGAGUCAUUUUUGGCCACACGAGUCCUUUGUAUCUAGUGCGCUUAACUAUUUUGUUUUUAGACUCUAGUAGAGUGCGUCAGACUCCGAACAUUUGGUAAAUACGGUCUUCAGCAAAUUCAAGUGGAUACUCACUACCUACAGAUGUAUUUGUGGAGAUUUGUUUCUGAUGAGAAGUAUGGCUUGUUCUUCAAAUUUGUAAUAUUUAUCUAACUUUAUUUGGUUGUUUAAUUGCCCCUUCAAUAACGCCCGUUUCAGGUUCAUAGGGAAGCUAACGGCAGCUAAUGGUUUACCUUUUUUGGUCUGCUGGUAACCACGAUGCAAGAACACGAAGUGGAUCAAAGUCACCCACACCCCACAAACAAGGCUUUAUGACUUGUUAGCGCGAGUCAUUGCUGUUUCACGAAACGUUUUUCAUCUAGAAACGCACACAUUUUCAUUUACGCGAGCUCGAGUAUCUCUAAAGAGAAAACAGAGGGUCUGUGAACAGGCUUAUAAACAGCGAUCUGGUUCGCCUCCUACCGUUGGGAUUCUUAACCAUAUUAUGUUCCGUUUGAAUUAUUGGCUCAUUAUCCCAGAAAAGCCCCAUAAGGGGAGAGGAUAAUUGAAAUUUUCUUUUUCUUCUUUCUGGUAAAUUGAACGAUUCGCGAAAAGUUCAUUAUGAUUCUGAGUAUAUUCUUUGUUUGUUUCUUUGUUUUUUUCAGUCUUGUCCAUUUUAUGCUGGAAGAGGUGGUAAACAGUGCUGUAAACAGGUGCAUCUCAACAGAGCUUAUGGAGCCCAGUGUAAGUAUUACCGAGCCCGAUUCCAUGACAACAAAUCAUAUUCCUCCCAAAUCAGUGAUCGCUUCCGGCAAUUCUACUUUUCAAUAAAAUCCUGGAGCUAGAAACCGCAAAAAACUUAUUGCCAAGCGAAAACCUAGAAGUACUCCACCUUAUCUACAAAAAAAUACGGCAUUUAUUUCAAGUUUGCUGCAGGGAAGUGAAUUCGUCAAAAAAGGUAUCCUUUUUUUUCUUUCUGCACGCAAACUACAAACCAAGAAGGUGAUUUCAUGGAGUUUUUUCAGUUUCUAGAUCCAGGAUGUUAUUGAAAAGUAGAAUUGUCGGAAGUGAUCACUGAUUCUCCCGAAUCAUCUUUGUCACAACAGUCAUAUAAUGGAUUGGGAAUCAAGUAAAAGAGUCGAGCAAGAAAGCGUCAAGUUUAAGCAUUCGCUUCAGACCGAAUAGGUCACUUGCACUGAGAGGUUAAGUGACCAAUGCUUCCUUUGAACAAUGACUUGAAAUCUUACACGCGAAAUUUGAGAGGAAACGCAUUUAAGGGAGAUAUUUUAUGGCACUUUGAUUUUUCAACAAAGUAGUAUGAUUUGCAUUGGCCGCGCUAAUCGUUUUUUGAAGUCAAAAUCAUAUAACUUUCAUCUUCAUAAAAAUGAUGUCACAUGACCUCUUAGUGCAGAUGGCCUAUUCUCCUAGUAAAGAUCAGGGGUUUCGUUUCAGGCCGGACGCCGGACGCAACGUCCGGUUGUUUGACAUGUAACGUCCGGCAGUUCACACACGAAAUAAUUAUUUUUUUAAUUGUGAAAAUCGUUUUUUUUUUUUCAUUUAGUAACUAAAGAAAGACUUGACCCUUAUUUUAUUCACUUAGUUAUGUAAUGCACACGAUCGGAAAAAAAAAGAGAUGAUUCCUGUCAAAAUUCCGGUUACCCAAUUCCGGUCCAGGGAACGCAGCAAAUUGCAUUUUAGAGACUCCAAUUUUACAGAUUUCCCGUAGGAAUUCGUGCCUCCGGCACUCAACGUUCGCGCCAGCGGCGCGAACGGUGCACGUCCGCCAGCUGAACCACUGCAUCCGGUACUUCCAAAUGCUACCGAAAACCCUGAAAGAUAGGAAUAAGAAAGCGUACCAGCUGACCCUAAUAUGGAACCAAUUGAACUUAACCCUACUCGGGUGGGGGUCGGGAUGCCUCGACAGGAAGACUUUGCAUGAUUUGCAUAAUCAACACCUGCAGGAACCUAUUGAAAGCUCCUGACACCUUUUGUGUUUUUUUACUUUUAAAAUAAUGGAUGACAGGCAUCGAAACCCUUAAAUAUUGUUUUCUCUAUGUUUGAAGAACUCUCUAAAUUUAUUUUUCAUAAUCCUCUCAGGCGCUGUUUAAAUUAAAGGAGGGUAACCCAUCUAGGAGGAUUAUAUUAUAUUAUUUUUUCCAAAUUCCCUUUUUCAUCGUUCUUAAGUAUCCUCGAGGACGUUAUAACCACAUUUUCAUCAACUUGUUUUGUUAUUCUGUAGGUAAUUGAAGUUAUCUGUGAACGAGGCUGAAAUGCUGGAGAAAGGAUAAUCGUCUAUAGAGGAUAAACAAAGAUGGAACAACCUAGAGCCAUCGUAAUGGCCUGUUAUGUCCUAUGAAACUGUUAGAGAAUCAUACAAAACGUUGCAUUAGAGUAAAGGCCUUUCAUUAGGGUUGUCGGAAGGAGAUUUCGGCCUGGACGCAACCAUAAGCUAGCGCGCGAGCAAGCUCUUUAUUUGGAGGCUGUCGAGAAGUCACGCGAAAGCCGCGUGAUAGGAAACGCGAGUGUCAGGGGCGGUGAAGAGAGCAAAAAAGAAAAUUUAUGAGAGAUCGUUGCAAGCUCUCCUUUUCCUCCGCCCCUCGCGGCUUCGCGGCUCUUUCGCACGUUCUCUCGCGGCUCGCUCGCGCGUUCUCUCGCGGUUAGCUUACUCGAAGGCUAACACAAGCACGCGAAACUUAUGAUUUUCUUUUGGUCUAUGUUGAUGCUUUUGGUUGUGUCCGAUGUCUAAUCUAUGACAACACAACAAGACUUCUUUGACGCUCUUUUCUCAAAUCGUCUUUGCCCGCUCAGAAUGAGUAUCCCCGAACCUUUUUGCUUUCAUGUUUGUGUAUGUCGCCGCAAACUUGCUUAUGAUGAAACGCUCUUAUGAAUUAUUCAUUCUUGUAGUUGCGUCAUACUUCUAAACCAGCCAUGUUAGCCUGAUGAUCUCUGGACGAUAAUAGAAAGCCGUGUUCGAUUCCUAGGAAUUGAUAGCUCGGCCGCCUCCUUCUUUCCUUGAGACUUUGAGAGUUUUGAUAACAUUUAUGAGCGAAAUACGUACUAUGCAUUCACUCUUGUAACAAUCAGCAGAAAAAAAACAACAUACUGUUCUUACGAAUCUCUGGGAAAAUGCUGAGAAAGCUUAAGGGUACUAAAAUUAUUCAAAUAUUGUAUGAAAGAAAAAUAAUAAAAGCCCGAUUUUCCGUCGACUGUUUUGUACUCGG